AAGCACGCGACGUUUGUUUGGUCUUAUUUGUGAGCAGUGUUCUAACGCUUAGCAGUUGAAUCGUGUAGAGGCGGUCGAGAGAAGAAAGCAUAAUUGACGACGAUUAUUGUGUGUUGUCGCGAUUAAACGCGUGUUGAUAUACGGAGAAGCCGCUCGUUGCCCUAACAAGUGUAUGGGUGAGAGGAAUCGCGUAUUCAGAGUGUAAGCGCACAGUUUACCAGCGAGGAUAUUGAACGACAUGACAAAAGCGCAACAAUAGCAAACCACCAAAAGUCGAGUCAUUUGAAAUCAAUUCCCGAUGCGUUGUUGAAUCGGUCGGAAGUGACUUCUUCUUUCGGGAUCAUUCGAUUACGUUUAAUCAAGUGCUUCGGACGCGUGUUUCCGGUUGGAUUCGUUAACGGCUCGAAUAGAGAUUAGUGUGGCGUGUGAAUAGUAGGAGCAUUUAUUGCUGAUAAAAGUGCCAAGUGUCAGUGAAUAUAAAUCUCAGAAUAUGAGUCAACUAAGAUGUUUUAAUUCAUUGGAAAACAAAGAAUUUAAGUGAAAAAAAAAAUAAACGGAUCCUGUUCAGCUGGUUUCAUAAGAAUUACAGUCAAAGUGUAUAUAGUGUACAUAAGUUAUCAAUCUGGGUAGUCAAUAUUUGACAGAGUUGGGCAGUGAAAGCCCAAGCACAGGGUCACUGGCAGUUCCUGUAAACUACGGUUCUGGGGAUACUAUUCAAACAUCGUCUUUAACAUCACUUUCACGACUGGAUUGUAAUUCGAACUCAUUUAACCUGGCUGCGUUCAGAUCUCCAGGUAUGUUGGGAACACAUGGGUUCAACUUUGGCAGUAACUUCGGUUUCCGUGAUCCGUCCAUGUACGAUCCAGCAAAUGUGCCUGUGUCUCCUAUCCAACAGCAUUUACCUCAAGCUAAUGGAAACAAUUUACUAAACCUCACACAAGGCUUCCGAGGAACCAGUGAUGGUAGUCCAGUUAAUUUGUACCUAGGCAACUCCAGCCCCUCCCGAGAAACAGCAUUGGAUUCAUAUUGCUAUCAGAAGAAAGACUAUCCCGACAGCCAGGAUAAUCUCAGCUUCAACGAUCAACAGAAGGACGAAGAGGUCAAUAUAGUGAGUCGAGAAAACAGUCCACAUAGUAGAAUCAAUUACAACUCUGACAGCUCAGACCUUCGCGAUAAACGUCAAGAUACCUGUAGUCCCGUUGAGAGCCCUCGUUCAUAUUCUAGUCAAAAUAGGGACGAUCUCGCCGGCUAUCAUAGUCCUCACAACGACAGUGUUGGGUCUCGCAGCCCGGAAAACCUUUCUCACAUAGGAACGAACAAUUCCGGUAUAUCUACAAACAACUCUGGAAUCUACGCACCGCACAACAGCUUAGCCAAUAACAACAACCUAACCAAUAAUAACCACCUUAAAACAAAGUCUCACACAAUUUCCGAUAUGUUGGAUCAUAAACUACAGCUUAGUUUUCUGGGACCCCCGCUGGCGGCGCUUCACUCGAUGACCGAGAUGAAGACGCAAAGCGGUAGCCCGACGGUACAAGCAACGUCACCGCAAACUCAACUCCACAAAGCCAUGGGCGGCGUGGUCGGAGUAGGUGGCGGUGGAGGUGCACCUAAUCCGCAUGGAAUCGACACCAUACUGUCCCGACCGCCCCCAGUGACCAGCGCCCAGUUAAAUGCCUUAGGAGGUGGAAUGCCUCGAUUUUCGGCCGCCGUUGCUGCUGCCGCUAAUAUGGCCCAGUACCUAUCCCAAAGUCAUGGAGCACCGCUAAAAACUCACUCCGGAGCGCUCGUUGAUCGAACGCAUCUCUACUGGCCGGGAUUACAGGGAUUGAUUACAAAUCCGAUGGCUUGGCGGGAGCGAUUAGGAUCAGUGUCAGCUAGUCUAUCACAUUCGCAUCAUAACCACGAUAAGGAUGGCAAAAAGAAGCACACCCGACCAACAUUCAGUGGGCAGCAAAUCUUCGCCCUGGAGAAAACCUUCGAGCAAACCAAAUAUCUGGCUGGACCGGAACGGGCGAAGUUGGCCUACGCUCUGGGGAUGACCGAGUCACAGGUUAAGGUGUGGUUCCAGAACCGGCGUACCAAGUGGCGCAAGAAGCAUGCCGCAGAAAUGGCCACGGCCAAGCGGAAACAGGAAGAGCUGGGCGAUGGCGACGGGGAUUGCAGCGAGCCGAUGGACUCGGAUUCGGAGAGUCUGGACAUGGUGGACACCGGAAGCAAUCGGAAGCGUUGCCGAAUGGAAGAUGACAUGAGGCAUUAGCGCUGAGGGGACGAGCGGAAUUUUUAGGAAGUUCCUCUUUGCCAUAGGUAAUAUUGUUGAGAUUUAGUUGGCGCUUUCCGGAAAAGACGGGUUUCUAUUCGCGGCUUGUAGCUCAUGGCAAAAAUAGGAAAUGACGAGACAUCAGCGAUUUAAGUCCGUACUCAAGAGAAACAGCUUAAAAUAAUUUGAAUUUCAAUUAGUUCUUGAGAUAAAAAAAUCACAUGACAAGGUUAAACAAAGACAUUUUAUUCACUAUUGUUUGAAAUUUUACCCUUGAUUGUUAAAAUUUUUUUCUAAUUCUAUAUGAUCUCAAAGUCCUACUUUUCCUGAAAAAAAUGUUCAGAAGCUUAUAAUCCAUGCAUGGAAACCACUUUUUUCGGAAAUAUUCCAACUGUAGAGAAUAAAAGAAAACAAAAAUUUAACUUUGUAAAAAUAAACAUGAAUAGUAGUGUUAAGCAUGGUUGAAAGAAGGAAAAAGCUGUAAGUAAAUUGAAGAUGAGAAAAUAUCCUGACAAGAAAGUAAACAAAUGCAGUUUAAUUAUACAAGAUUUCGUAAGCAAAAUUUGAGGAGGAGUAAAAGAACAAAAAUCGAAUUUAUUAUACAUUAAUUUAACCUAAAUAAAACUGAUUUUAGCAGUAAUAAUUGAUAAAUUUAGAGAUGUGAAACACUGAGAGAUGCCGUGUGAAUGAUGGUUUAUGCAACGAGUGUGUGAAGUUAAAACACAAAAAAGCGUUCUUUGAUGAUAGGGUGCGAAUGGAAACGCUAGCAAGGUAUUUGGUACUGAAAACUAACAUGAUAUAACUUAAAUUCAUUAGCAGGGUGAAAUAAAGCCGCUUUGAUGCACAGAAUGAAUGGCAAUAUUUCUUCCGCAUUAGUCCUAGUGAUUUGUAGAUAAACGCGAAUAACAUUCCAGCUUUUAGUUCAUAUUAAAGUUAUUAUUUAUUGGCAGGAAAUUCAACAACUAAGACAGUGUUUCCGAAGCAAACAGUACAGGACAAGCAUUUAGGAGGAUAUGUUUGAUGUAAAAUAAAUCGAAGGAGAUGAGUUAAGCUAACAAUGAUACUAAAACGCUAUAGAUAUGUGCAAACAGAAAAAAAACUCCUUGUAAAAAGUUUCAAUUCUCAGUAUUAAAGCAGAUUCCUUACAUCUUAGUGAUUAUAAGAAAGUGAAAACUGAUUAUAAAUACUUUAUCCCUACAAAACAAGGUAAAUCAAAACUAACACGAACCAUCUGUAAAUCUUUUUAUAAGUUAAAUAAAG